UGUUUGUGCUCACAGGAAAAUAUCCCAAAUAGAUAUACAUAUAACAUAUAUACGUAUAUAUUUAUGUACAAAGUUUGGAUUUUUGAUGGAUCUACAGAUCUAACCCAUCUUAACCCACAUGGGUUUGCUCUAAUCUCAUUCAGAUCUCCAUCCUUUUCAUUUGGUAUGAUUCAGUAGCUUACCAGAAACCUACACUUGAAAACAAGCCUAACUUUCAACUGUGAGUCUUCAACCUUCUUUCUUUAGGGUUUAUUUAUUUCAAUAUAGACAAGAAGAAAAAAAGAAACAGUCAAUGGGUGUCUAAUCUUUAUUGCUUUUUAAUGAUUUUUCAUCUUUUUGUUUCAAUUUUCUUACUGGGUUUUUGAUGAAUUUGGAAUAUAUUACUUGGGUAUCCUUUAUUUUGAUCAAUAGAUUUUCAAGGUUCAAAAUGUUGACUGGUAUGAUAGACCUUGUUUGACUUCUAGUUUUGCCAUUAGGUUAUCUUCUUGUUGUGAUCUUUUUAGAAACCCAUCAAGGAUUCAUCUUAAUUUGGCCAUGGUUAAUGAUUUUUAGCUUUCUAGCUUUGAAAAUUGUUGGAAAAAAGACUAUUUGUGCAUAUAGUUUUGAUUCUUUGUGGUAUGCAGGAGAAACUGAAACUUGAAAAGGAUUUGUAACUGUUGGAAGGGAGAUUUGGUGUUCAUAGUGUUCUUCACAUCCAAAUUUUGGAUGUUGAGAAAUUGGUGGUUAGCUGUGGUGAGAUGAGGGAUGUUAUCAAAGUUGAUAAACUUUCUAAAGGCCUGUUGGCGACCAUCUGACCGUUAUGCUUAUACCGGUUCGGAUGCCGCAGGCCGACAAGAUGGUCUUCUUUGGUAUAAAGACAUUGGUCACCACUUGAAUGGUGACUUCUCGAUGGCCGUGGUUCAAGCCAAUAUGUUGCUGGAGGAUCAAAGCCAGAUUGAGUCAGGCUCAUUGAGUUUUCUUGAUUCUGGUCCAUAUGGAACCUUUGUUGGAGUUUAUGAUGGUCAUGGUGGACCCGAAACCUCACGCUAUGUAAACGAUAACCUUUUUCAGAAUCUCAAAAGGUUCACUACCGAACAACAAUCCAUGUCAGUGGAUGUUAUACAAAAAGCGUUUCAAGCUACUGAAGAAGGGUUUUUAUCAAUUGUUACUAAACAAUGGAUGGUGAGACCGCAGUUGGCUGCUGUGGGAUCUUGUUGUUUGGUUGGUGUGGUUUGUGGCGGAACCCUUUACAUUGCGAAUGCGGGUGAUUCACGUGCUGUUUUGGGAAGAACGGUUAAGGCUACCGGGGAAGUUAUUGCUAUUCAAUUGUCAACGGAACACAAUGCAAGCAUUGAAUCCGUUAGGCAGGAACUUCAUAGUUUACAUCCUGAUGACCCUCAUAUUGUAGUUUUAAAACAUAACGUAUGGCGUGUGAAGGGCCUCAUACAGAUAUCUAGAUCUAUAGGUGAUGUAUACCUAAAAAAAGCAGAGUUUAACAGGGAACCGUUGUAUGCUAAGUUUCGGCUACGUGACCCUAUUCGAAGGCCGAUACUGAGUGCAGACCCGUCAAUAUCCGUUCAUGAAAUUCAACCUGAAGAUCGGUUUCUCAUAUUUGCAUCUGAUGGUCUUUGGGAGCACCUUAGCAAUCAGGAAGCUGUUGAUAUAGUGCAAAAUCACCCUCAUAAUGGAAGCGCUAGAAGGUUGGUGAAAGCAGCGUUACAAGAGGCGGCAAAGAAAAGAGAAAUGAGGUAUUCAGAUUUAAAAAGAAUCGAAAGGGGAGUAAGGCGUCAUUUCCAUGAUGACAUCACAGUCGUAGUUGUAUUUCUGGAUUUGAAUCUAGUGAGUAAAGCGAGCUCCUCGUGUAAAGGCCCGACUCUAUCUUUGAGAGGGGGCGGUGUCCACCUCCCGGCAAAAACUUUGGCACCGCUAUCAACCACCACGGAAGUCAGUAACACCGCCGCCGCCUGAGCUAUUCUGUCGGUUUUUAUCCAUCUCUAAUUUUAAUUCUUUGAUGUACAAGCCAAGGUAACAUUUUAACUUAAAAAACCACUUUGUUAUUUGGUUUCUUGAGAGAUAAAAAGAACAAAUGGUAGAAUCCUGAGAAAAGAUAGAAGAAUCUUCAGUUCUAUGAAAUCACUGUGUAAAUGCUGUAAAACCAUGUUGUUAGAAAUUCAGAAUCGUUUUUUCCGAUUGGU